AAGGCUGAAAUGAGGGAGCCAAGGAAGGUCUGUGGAGUAUUCUAUGAAAAGAGAGUGGGCGGCCUCUCUUUCUGUACGUCUGGCUGUUCUUAAGCAGGCGAUGUUGUCAGGCUCCUUUCUCGCUGUCAGAAACGUGACGCCAGUGGUUCAAUCUUAAACCAUAACAAACAUGGUAUGGUGGAAACAUGGAGCACUAAUUCCCAUGACAGUUGUUCUUUGCUCUUGGAAUGUGUGCCAAAUCGACGCCAAGAGUCUCCACUCCCUCUCCAUUCCGUCCCGGCCAUCGAUCAAUAAAGAAAUCCUGGGUGUUCCAAAAAGUAAUGCUCAGCGUUUGGAACAGCUGGCAGCUCAAAGUCAACAAGUGACGAGAGCUCAAAACAAGACCGAUAAGUCUUCUUUAAACCUCGAUAAUGUGAGACAGCCUUCUUCUCCAGGUCUAUCAGUGGUCACACAAUCGGUUCUGACCUUCCUGACCGUGUUCACGCUUGGGUGUGCCAUCCUUUUGGGAGUGUCAGCAUGGAAACGCAUCUCAGACUCUUCCUUUAGGAUUCCUCUGCCGUAUCAGUACUCUGCCUUAAGUCAAUUCGAUCAGGACCCCGAUCACGAUAUCAACGAACUCGAGGACAAUCUCCACAUGCUGGUCGAAGACUCUUCCAGUGAGGGCGAUGAUGUCCAUGACCGAAACGGGGACGACGAUGACGAUGAAGUCUUCCAAUCUGCCACCAGCCUGGGUAUCAAACCAGUCGGGGCCCCGAAAUUACGCCUUGGACAAUCAGACAGCUCCAAUGAGAACGAGCCCGCUACUUUGGCAUUGAGUGAAAAUAUGGAAUCUCAGGCGUCGAGGGAUGCGGCAACCACGAAUGGUCGACCAACCAGCGUGUCGAGCCUUCUGGACGAGUCCGACGAUGAGAUCCCUCCGGUACCGGCUCUCAUUAAAUAGGGAGACGUACCAUCUUCCUCCCAACUGCGUCAGACAACCUCUCACCUCAUAUCCGUAGUAUAUAGUGUUUGUGAACACUGUACAAAUCAGCUCUACGUAGGAAUGUUCUUCUCGUUCAAUCACUCUGCUGUGUCUCACUGUAAACCGCAUAACUGUCAAUGAAAUGUCAGUCAAAAUCAGAGGAAUAAAUAUGAGUUUAUACCGGAUUGCUCCU